CUAGUUCACCGCGACGGAACACGAAACCCCCAAAUCCCCAUGGCUCCCCCAGCCACCGCCGCCGACAGGCGCGAGGGCAAGCGCCCCACGGAAGAGCACCCAGCCGCCGCCGCCGCUGUGGGAGGCGCCGAGGCCGGCGACGGCGACGACCUCGUCCUGGUGGCGGACUGCGGCGCGGAGGUGCGCCUCUCGCGCUCCGCGGCGCGGAUGUCGACGACGAUCGUCCACAUGAUGGACGACUGCGCGGAGGGCCGCGUCCCCGUCGCGGGCGUCCACGCCGGCGUCCUCCGCCUGAUGGCGGCGUACUGCGAGCGCCACGCGCCGCACUACGACCCGGCGGCCUCCGCGGCCAGGCUCCGCGACCCGUUCCCGCCGUUCCCCAUCGAGUUCGCGCCCGCCGCCCACCCCAUCAGGCCCGUCACCGACCCCGGGCCCGACCCGCACGGCCUCGAGGCCUGGGACUACAAGUUCAUCGCCGACCUCCCCGACAACUCCGCCCUCUUCGCCGUCAUCCUCGCUGCCAACUACCUGGCCAUCGAGGACCUGGUCGACCUGGGCUGCACGGCCGUGGCCGACAAGAUGAGAGGCAAGACGCCCGAGCAGAUCCGCGUCGCCUUCGACAUCGAGAACGACUACACGCCCGAGCAGGAGGCCGAGGUCAGGAGGGAGAACGCCUGGGCAUUCGAGGAUUGAACUGCGCCCCUCCUGCUGCUUACCUUGGUGCCAAUGUUCUGGGUGGUUGCCAGAAGCAGGUUUUGGUGUGAAUUGUGGAUCGGCGGUUGGUUCUUUUGACUGCUUCUUAUCAGCGGAGACUGGCAUGCUUGUUGCUCGUUGUCCGCACUUGAAGGUGUUACUAGUAAUUGCAAGUCCUGUUCAGUUAAAUUAUUUAUUUGGUGGUAGUUUGCUGGCUGCUUCUUGCACAUUGUCGUCAGUUGAAUGUUCCAUACUAUGUAGGUCUCGGCUGACAGUUUAGGGGAUCUGUUUACAUGAAAAAACUGUAUAGAAUCAUGUGAGCCUGUGACAAUGACUGGGUAGAGUUUCUGAA